UUUAAUUGCCUUGCAAUUCUGCGAAAGUAUCAUCCUUAUUAUUUCCCAUUAAAAUGCAGAACAUUUUAAUAAUUUUAAUUAUAGUUUCUUGUGGCUUAGUUGUUGUUGAGCCGCUGAAUUGCCAGGAAUGUUUAUCAGACAAUGAUGUCUACUGUGUCGAUCAGACUUCUUACAAAUAUUGUAUGAACAACAAUCCCUUUGGCAAUGUGGUUAGUUGUCCCACAGGAACAGUUUGCACCAAUGCGAAUGCAAUUUGUGUAGAAAGUUCUGAUUUAUCUGAUACAGUAGAGGAUGUGUGUGGAAAUUCCGCAGAUGGUGGUUGUGCAACGUGUACGGAAAUGUACACAUGUGUUAGCAAAAAUCAGUUCGUGAGAUGUUCUGGCUCAACUUUAAUCGACUCCUAUGUAUUUGAUUGUGAUUCCGAUGAGAUUUGCAAUUUAAAAGCCUUUAAAGACUAUGGCAACAUCUGUGUGCCAUCGUGCGUUGUUGAUUUUCUGGAUAUUAAAGCCAGUUGCAGCAACAGUGAAUACACGACUACAACAACCGCUGCUCCGGCAACUACUACUCCCAGCGUUGAAGAUGAAAAGAGUGCCUGCAGUGAGGCAGCAACGGAUAAUAGUAUUCCAGCGACCACCAAGUACUUCUUCACAAUAUACAAAUCGGAUAAAACCUGCCACACUUAUUUGUACUGCCAAAGGAAUGCAGACACCGAAUGGAAAACCGUGUUUUUCUCGUGUCCUUCAACCGAACCUUAUUACGAUUCUGCUAAAAACACGUGUGUGGCCACCAAGCCUACUGGUUGCACCUAAAGAAAAUUCUAAGUUACUGCAAAAUAUGCAAGUUUGAUUGUGAGAAAAUUGGAGAAAUAUACAUAUGUAUCUCUUCAAUUAAAUGCAGCAACAAAAAAAAUGUUAUCAGGCUUGUUUGUAAACUGAUUGCUUUUAAAAUAAUUGCUUCAAAAUAAGAAUAAAUAUUUUGUGUACAUAUACAUAUAUUUGAAUAUUUACAAGAAAUAAAUCUUGGUAUCUAUUACUAAAAAAAAGAA